AUGGCUCUGCAGGAUCUGUGCAACUUCCAGAACAUUCUCCUGGAGGGUGAAACAGCAGAACAAUCGCCGGUGAGGUUUGGGAAAAAGGCUGCAUCCAGCUAUGAAAGAGGUCUUCGCAGCUCCAGUCUCCUGGAUUUUUAUAUACCAGUGGCUGAGUAUCUGGAUGAAAGUCCAAUCCAGUUUGGGCAAAUUAGCCCUGAUCAGAGCUCCAGCUCCUCUGACAGCUCUCUGCCCCCCGGCCUCCCCUUGGCUUCCUCUCAGCCCGUACCUCUCCCGUUCCCCAUGGCUCACGGCACCACCACCUUAGCGUUCGUGUUUCAGGGCGGCGUCCUGGCUGCGGCAGACACUCGCUCCAGCUGCUCCGGCCUCGUGGCGUGCCCUGCCUCCCAGAAGAUCCUGCCUAUCCACAGUCACCUGGUGGGCACCACCUCGGGGACUUCGGCCGACUGUGCGCUUUGGAAACGGAUUCUGUCUCGGGAACUCCGGCUCUACCAGCUCCGCAACGGCCACCGUUUGAGCACAAGUGGAGCGGCCAAGUUGCUUUCACACAUGCUUCACCCUUUCAAGGGAACUGAGCUGUGUGUGGCAGCCACGUUGUGUGGGUGGGAUGACCGCAGCAGCAGCAGAGGAGCAGCUAACGGGCAAGAGACUGAUCUGGAAGCCAUGCCCAGUGGCAAGGUCUCUCUGAUAAAGAGCUCCUUUCUUAAGCAGCAGCCCUGCGUCAGGAAGGAAGCAAGUCUCUCUGGACCCAGCCUGGUUUAUGUGUGCAGCGAUGGCUCUCGGCUGCAGGGAACGCUCUUCUCUGUGGGAUCAGGGUCCCCAUAUGCAUACUCCAUUUUGGACCAAGGGGUUCAGUGGGGGCUGAGUGUCGACGAGGCCACGUCGAUUGCCAGAGAGGCCGUGUACAGAGCCACAUACAGGGACGCAUACUCAGGAAACUGUGUAGACGUCUACCACGUCACCUCAAAGGGAUGGACUCGCAGGACCAGGGAGGACUUGAAAGAGGAGUAUUACAGAGAAAGGGAAAGGCAAAAAGAGGAAGCAGAAAAAAAGAAACUGUAA